AUGCGGAUAAAUAGUGAUAUUUUCGUAGGUUUCUUGUCACUAUUUAGUGGACUGGCCAUUCUUCUUAAUGGGGCAACGUUGAUUGCCAUUAUCGCUUCUAAGAAUCUUCGAAGGGCGCAGAAUAUUUUCACUUUCAACAUUGCUUUGGGAGACUUCGUCGCCUCAGCCGUCGUAGCAGUUCAGAGAUGGCUUGAUUACUGGGCAGAUAUUAAUCACGCAAUCCUGACUCGUAUUCUUGGUGCUGCUAUGAUGGUGAGCAUCUUAAGUACACUCGCUGUAGCCAUUCAUCGAUUCAUCAUUAUACGUCUUGAUCCAUUUCAAAAUCGUGGUUUGGUCACCAACACUCGCUGUAUAAUCUCAUGUGUGUUCAUCUGGGCAGCCGUCUUUGCAGUCUAUCUUGGUACAUUUCUCCUUAAUGAUCGUCUCUUCUUCUACUUCAUCUCCCCUAUCAUGCUCCUAUGUGCCAUAGGAAUAUGCGCCAUCGUAUACGCAUUCGUGUACAUCACCAUUUCGGGAUCAACCCGUGGCAUCGGGCUCACGUCCGAUGCCUACCUACUCCGUGUCAAGAAAAACCAGAAAGUCCUCUGCACCUUCGUUUUGGUGGUGUGUUCUAACCUAGUCUGUUGGGUUCUCAUGUGUUUCUCAUUACUGUGCCUCUCAAAUCGACCAAGAUUUAUCUACCAGUACUACCCCCAGUAUGACCGAUAUGGUACCGCUAAUUGGUUCUACAAUGUAUAUUACAUCGCCUGGUGGCUCGUGAACGUCAACGCUGUCGUCAACCCUAUCAUAUACUGGACGAGGCUUAGUGACUUCAGACGACUGUUGUUCGGCUGCUGCGGUCGUCGGAAAGACCAGGAAUCGUCGCCUGUGACGGAAAAUAGCAAGAUGGAUGCCGAGCUUGAUAAAGGCCAGAAUGAUAUGAACAUGGCGAUCGUGAUAAAUGAGAAUGAAAAUGGAUGUAAAGGCCUCUAA